GGGAGGGCAGCGUGCGGGGCUCCGGCCGCGGCGGGCGGGGGCGCCGUGUGAUGAGCAGCGAGCGGGGCCUAGCAGCUCAGCCAGCGUCCUGCCGGGGCCCGGGGAGCGGCCGCGCCCGGGUGACUGGCUGAGCGGGCGGCGCCCUGCGCCUGCGGGGCCGCGGCUCCGUCUGCAGGGGACCCGGGCCGGGCGGCGGCGGCCGGAAAGUUUGUUUGCGUGAGGGGGCGGCGGGCUGGGAUGCGGGGCCCGGCGCUGGCUUCUCCGCCGCUUGCCGCUGCGCCGCCGGGGCUGUAGGCGAGGCCGGGCGGGCGCUACCCCCCCACCCCCGCUCUCCUCCCUCCCCCCCCCGGUGCGCGGCCAUUGCAGCGCCGGCCGGCCGGCCGAGGAUGAUCACCAACACGCGGGGCUUCCUGUGGUCCGACCUGGAGACGCGGGCGCUGCUGGAGAUCUGGGGCGAGGCCGACGUGCAGUCGGCGCUGGACGGGAACUUUCGGAACAGCCAUGUGUACCGGGACGUGGCCUGCCGCCUGGCCGAGCUGGGCUUCGAGCGCACCCCGGAGCAGUGCCGCAUCCGCAUCAAGGGCCUCAAGCGCCAGUACUACCAGGCCCGGGACGGGCUGAAGAAGAACGGGCACGCCCGCAAGAUCUGCAAGUACUACGACGAGAUGGACCGGAUCCUCAGCUGCCGGGGCGGGCCGGACAGCGCGCCCGAGCUGCUGGCCCAGCCCGCCGACGGCGUCCAGCCCGCCGCCGGGCCGCCCACGCCGGGCACCCCCCACAACAGCCGCGAGCCCGACACCGAGCUCGACGAGGACGCCGAGCUCGAGUCCCCCCACGACCACUUCACCGAGGACUCGGGCGAGUGCUCGUCCUACGCCGAGCACCCCAUCAAGGUGGAGUGCCCCCCGUUCGCCAUCCCCGUGCCACCCGCCGAGGGUGAGUACCAGCGGCCGGGCCGGGGAGCCCCACCCCGUAUGCACGCUGGCUUUAAACAAAUCAAUGCUCAAACCAGUACACAACCACUCUCUCAACCCAAAAGAUCAAAAAAACGCCAUGCAAAUUUAACACUGGAUAAAAUGAUGGAAAAAUUCCUACAACAAAGUGUGGAUACAGAAGAGAAAUUUUACAAAUAUGAAGAGCAACGACUUAAAAUUGAGGACAAGCGCCGUGAAGCUGAGCAUGCUCGAGAACUCCAGAUGUUACAAAUGUUGGGACAGAUGUUGGCAGGAAUUUCUUCUACAGUAUCACAAAGGUCACAGUCUAUACCAACUAGUCCACCUCAGAGAGCAAAUCACCGAUCAUAUGGCGAUAACUUUAAUUAUAAUGCUAUGACAGCAGCACUUUCUCCACCAAUAGUUAUCGAGAGAGCCUUUUCACUACACAAAACACAUUCUAUAAAGGAUAUGGAGAAUAUUUUUCAGUUGGUGCGCAAUGUUAUUCCUCCUCUAACAGCAAAGAAGCAUAAAGGUCAAGAUGGACGGAUAGGCAUCGUGGGAGGAUGUCAAGAGUACACUGGGGCACCAUAUUUUGCUGCAAUUUCAGCUCUAAAAGUGGGUGCAGACUUAUCCCACGUAUUUUGUACCAAAGAUGCAGCAGCUGUAAUAAAGUCAUAUAGUCCAGAGCUGAUUGUUCAUCCAGUGCUUGACCGUCCUAAUGCUGUUCAUGAAGUGGAAAAGUGGUUGCCGCGACUGCAUUCAAUUGUCAUAGGACCUGGUUUAGGUAGAGAUGACGUACUACUUGAGAACGCUAAGGGUAUUAUAGAAAAAGCCAAGGUCAAAGGAAUUCCUAUUGUCAUUGAUGCUGAUGGAUUGUGGCUCAUUUCCCAACAACCCUCUCUUAUUCAAGGUUACCAGCGAGCCAUUCUUACUCCAAACUAUAUGGAGUUUAGCAGACUUUAUGAAGCUAUGCUUAGAGAUCCUGUGGAUAGCAAUGAUCACCAUGGAUGUGUGUUACGGCUCAGUCAAGCCAUGGGGAAUUUGACAAUUGUUCAGAAAGGAGAACGAGAUCUUAUUUCAGAUGGAGAAAAAGCCUGGUCUACAGUUGUUGACUUCCUGCUCUACAAAGAUGUGCCCCACCAUUCUGUUGUACUUGUAUGCAGUCAUGAAGGAAGCAGCCGAAGAUGUGGCGGACAAGGGGACCUUCUUUCAGGUUCGCUUGGAGUCUUGGCACACUGGGCAUUUCUUGCUGGACCAGAAAAAACGAAUGGUCAAAAUCCUUUUCUAGUGGCUGCAUUUGGAGCUUGUUCUCUUACAAGGCAAUGUAACAACCAAGCCUUUCAAAAAUGUGGACGUUCAAUGACUACAUCUGAUAUGAUUUCAGAAGUUGGAACAGCUUUUAACAAACUUUUUGAAACCUGAAGCCAAAGCACCAGAGUGGAAGGAAACGAAGAACAUUGACUACAACAGUAAUUACAUUUACAGUAGAAUAUACAUAAGUAAUGCACCCUUUCAAGUGCUGUAGCAGCAUUGGUAUGCUAGGUAGAUUUUUUUUUUAAAUAGAAAAAAUGAUUAAUGUAGAUAGUUUUUUAAGAGUUUGGAAUACAAAAAAUGUUUUGGCUGAAAUAUGCUGUAGUUGCAGAUCUGUUAUAUAAUAUAAUAAAACUAAAGUGAAAGUA